AUGGCUGCUUCGACUACCCUGCCGGCGCUGCUGGCUUCUUUGACUCAGUCAUUGUCAUUGACGCAAGAGGCGACUCCGAAAAUUGCCGCCAUCCAUCACCCCAGGGAUGGUAUUUCGCUGCUCGACGUAAAGAACGAGUUGCUCCUCUCAUACCUGCAAAAUCUCGUUUUCCUAAUCCUCCUCAAACUCCGCAAUCUGAAAUCCGAAUCCCAAAGCAGCACCCAGCUGGACGAGCCGGUUCGAGCCAAACUUGUCGAGUUGCGCCUGUACCUCGAGAAGGGCGCCAGGCCACUCGAGGAAAAGUUAAAGUUCUCCAUCGAACGCUUCCUGCGAACGGCGCAAGACGCCCAGCGACAGGAAAGAGAAAAAGAACAACAAUCCAAAGCCAAGGACAAAAGUAAUGCAGAUGACGACGGGUCUGCGUCCGGCUCCGCAUCCAACUACAGCCAAGAGUCUGACCCGGACAGCGAACCAGAUGAUCGGCCACAAGCUCGGAAAGGCAACAUGGGGCCAGCGCCCAACAUUGCAGCCAUGGUCGAUGAGAUUCCCACUAGCCGUGGCGGACGGGAGGAAGGACCACCGGGCGUCUACCGUCCGCCGAGGCGAGACCGCGUUCUCAUGGAAUCGUCACGGCCUCACGAAAAGACUCAACGCAGAGCUCACAAGUCACACACAAUGGAAGAGUUCGUCAAUGAUGAACUCGCCACUGCUCCCGUGGCCGAGCCCAGCAUCGGCACAACUAUCGUCCAGGGCGGUCGGAAGAUGAAAACUGCCUCAGAGCGCAAGGAAGAGGACGAGCGUCGCGAAUACGAAGAAACAAACUUCACCCGUCUUCCCAAGGAGAGCAAGAAGGAACGCGCCAAGAAGGCCCGCGCAGCCGGUCGCAGCGGUCGCAUGCAGUUUGGUGGCGAGGAGUGGCACAGCUUGGGUGAGGGCGUUGAUCGGAUCGACCGCUUGACCAAACGCAAGGGGCCUCCUGGUGGCGGAGUACGUGAGAUGCUCGAGAAGAGCAGGAAGCGUGGUUUCGAUACGUCGGAUGGCCCAAGGGGGAGUGGUCGCAGCGCGGAGAUGGGUGAGCGGUUUCAGAAGAAGGCCAGGAUGCUGCAGGCUGGUCGGAGAGAUAGAGGCAAGAACAGGUAG